UGUCUGCUGUUCAUAUUCACCAACAAUGCGUGUCCCACAGGUGUCAAGCUCUCCACAGAUCCAGGCGCUGUUGACCAGUGCAUCCUCAGGUCUAGAAGGCUUCAAAGCUCACGCUGUCUUCCAGGAGAUCAAUAAAAAGCUGCUUGAGGACGGAGAGCAGUUUGUGAAGAAGAUUGGAGGUGUGUUUGCCUUCAAGGUGAAGGACGGGCCGGACGGAAAGGAAGCCAUCUGGAUCGUUGAUGUUAAGAACGGGAAAGGCUCUGUUCACAAUGAUGCCGAAAAGAAAGCAGACUGCACUAUUGCCAUGGCCGACUCUGACCUGCUGGACCUCAUGACUGGAAAGAUGAAUCCACAGACCGCGUUCUUUCAGGGCAAACUGAAGAUCACUGGAAACAUGGGAAUGGCCAUGAAGCUUCAAACCCUGCAGUUGCAGCCAGGCAAAGCCAAACUGUAAGAGGCGGAGCCAAGCGUGGAGAGGGCGGGGCCUUGAGUAGCCCCUCCCACAGAGUCACUCUAUUAGAGUAGCAGCACAGGAGUCAGAGACGGGAUGUGUUUCUGCGCUGUAGUGGUCAGCCUCUUUCUAACCAGGGAAAGCCAUAGUUCACCCAGAAAUGAAAUGGGCAUCGUUUACUCGCCGUCGCUUUCCAGAAGUUUCCCAUAAAAGUAGUUCAUAUUACUCGUGCAC